AUGUCUAAACCUACUUUGUUAUUUAUUUUAUCAGUUACUUCCAUUGCAUUUGUCAAAGCUGGUAUUAACGUCACAAAUAUCGACGGAUGUCCAGCUCUUACCCCCCGCGUAUCACCACGUAGCGUGCACGAUCUUCGUGUUGAUGAUAUCAAAGUAGUAGGUGCCCUCGGGGAUAGCAUUACGGCAGGCUUUGGAAUUUUGAGUAUAGAUAAAUCUGACCCCUCGCUGGUCAACAUGCUCGAUGUUUUUAAGGAAUAUAGAGGACUUAGUUACAGCAUCGGUGGCGAAGAAGGUGCUUUUACAAUUCCAAAUUAUGUUAAACACUAUCAACCAAAUGUAACCGGAUAUUCUGUUGGAGUUCACCUCGCUGAAUCAUGUAAUGAUCAGCCUAACCAGGAUAUGUUAAAUGCUGCUCAGAGUGGCGCUGUUGCAAAGAAUUUGGACCAUGAAGUAAACUAUUUGCUUGAGCGCAUUCGUUCUAUUGAAGGUAUCGACUUCCAGAAUGACUGGAAAAUGAUAAAUAUACAAAUUGGUAGUAACGAUAUGUGUGGAGCUUGUAAUACCACAUUUGUGAACGAGGUUACUCCAGAAAAGUUUGGUAAUUACGUAGAAGCUGCGGUCGAGAAAAUACAAAAAAAUAUUCCCAGAGCACUUGUCAAUUUGAUCGGCACAUUUAAUGUUUCUCAAAUAUUUCCCCUUACGUUUAACCAGUCUUAUUGUGGAUUUACAAGUAAUAUUAGUUCCCAAACAAAUAUUCAGGAAUGCCCUUGUGCGGCAACUUCCGAAGGCUUAAAGAAGAUGACUGAGCUUUCUACAGCCUACAAUAAGGAACUUUUUGCCAUUUAUGAAAAAUACGAAAAAGAUAAAUCAACCAAUUUCACAGUAGUCUAUCAGCAGAGCAACCUUAAUUUUUCUGGGUUUCCUGUCGAUUUUUUCAGGUACACAAUUUAA